AUGCUACAGGGUGCAAUGACUAGGCAAGAGCCUAUCCAGGCUGUCCAAACAUUUGGUCGCAAAAAGACUGCUACUGCAAUUGCUCAUUGCAAGAAGGGACGCGGUCUCAUCAAAGUGAAUGGGCGACCACUUGAGCAUCUGGAGCCUCAGAUUCUUCGCAUGAAGUUGCAGGAGCCUCUUCUGGUAGUCGGCAAGGAGCGUUUCCAAGAUGUUGAUAUUCGAAUCCGAGUUAGCGGUGGAGGUCAUGUAGCCCAGAUCUAUGCAGUAAGACAAGCUCUCGCUAAGGCUUUGGUGAGUGGUCGAUCUAUGAGCGUAUCUAAUUGUAGUGCGAACAGUAAUGUUCAGGUCGCAUACUAUCACAAAUACGUUGAUGAGCAGAGCAAGAAAGAGCUUAAAGACCAACUUUUUGCUUACGAUAAGGCCCUUCUUGUUGCUGAUCCUCGCCGCAGUGAGGCAAAGAAGUUCGGAGGACCGGGAGCACGAGCCCGCUAUCAGAAAUCAUACCGUUGA